AUGUCAUUAAUUAAUCAACCACUCGAUUUGCCAUUUGAAUUGUGUGAAUUUAUUUUUGAUUAUUUACAAACACGUGAUCUUUUGGCAUGCUGCUUAGUAUCAAAAUCAUGGCUUGAUUUCUUCAAUAACAGCAUCUGUCACCACAAGAUCUUACUAUCUAUUGAUGAGACUGCAGCAAUGUGUGAUUUAUUUAAUUGCACUAGAAAAUUUGUAAGAAUAAAAUUGAAUAAGCUGAAAAACGAAAGAUUUCUGGAUAUUUUGAGUCAUUUUGCAGCAUGUGUAGAGGAAUUGGAGAUUGAAAAUUGUGAAUUGAAAAAAGAAUGUAAUAUGAAAUUUCCCUCGUUAAAGUGCUUAUCGAUUUCAAGUACCCCAGCUGAAAUAAUCCAUAAAAUUUUCAACAAUCCCUGCAAUAAUCUGAAAUGUCUAGUGCUGUAUAGACUUAAUGGACCAACAAUUAAAGUCGUGUCGAAUUUCUUAAAAACAAAUGAUUCAUUAGAAGAGAUUAACUUUUAUCUGGAUGAGAAGAACAACAUCUUUAAUCGCGAUAUUUCCAAUGAAGUGACUUUCAAGCUUAAAUCAUUAUUCAUAAGCUACAAGUCUGACUAUGAUUUGCCGACGAAAACAUUGACCAACAUAGAAAAAUUUCUAAAAAGCCAAGGCGACACGUUAGAAACAAUUAGUUUAAUUAAUUCCGCAAACCUUAGACUUCUCUUUAGAACUUGGAAUGAUUUGAAGGCUGUUAAUCGUUUAUACUUCUUUUCAAGUGAUCCAGUUCUUGAUUUUUGCCCAUUAAACGUGACUGAAUUGAAUAAAAAUUCAAAAAUUACCGAACUUGAGUUGCAUGCUUUGGGACCAUUAUCAUUAAACUUAACGCAUUUCAUUCCAUUUCUUAAUGCGGCUAUAGCUUUAAAGUCACUUGGGGUUUGGUGCCUUAAAAAAGAUUUAAUUGAGUAUGUGGCGAAAAAUUUUGAUAAUUUAAGAUUCAUCUCAUGUGCUUCAAUGGACAGCGAUUGUCUGACGUUUUACAAUGACUUGAAAUCUAAAAUUGGCAUCAAUGAUAAAAUACAGAUACAUCAAUAUCUUUAA